GGAACUCUCACAUCUCUCGUCGGGUCCAAGCGGUCUCAAAGACAGUUUGUUCUUACCUUUUGCCCAUUGGCCAUGAGGCGAUUUCCGAGGCUCUCUGCGAACUGCAGAGAGAAGAAACAAAGGGAAAGUUCUUCACCAUCGGCGGGAAACUUUUUUAUGUUUCAACCCACCACUUCCCUAAUCAGCUUAGCCCCUCUGUGGACACCACCAGGUCCCAGGCUUCUGCUUGCCCCACCUUCAGCCAAUGAGGAGGAAGUGGCCCAAGCUCUCUUUCUUGCUGCGGCAGGCUGUCGGUGCUGGGCCUGUCGAACGCGCAACUUCACCGUGCCUGGGGGAGCUUUGGACGACCGACAUCAGCAGCCUUGCAACGCCAACUUGGGAACCACAUUCGAAGACGAUCUCCCUCGCAACGACCACGCACCAGCCUCUACUACCCAACCCCAUUCCAUAGUCUCUCCAAGCCGGCACCAUGGCGGACAGAUACUCCUUCUCUCUUACAACAUUCUCUCCCAGCGGCAAGCUGGUACAGAUCGAAUAUGCCCUCAACGCCGUCAACCAAGGUGUAACAGCCCUAGGCAUCAAGGCCACGAACGGCAUCGUCCUCGCUACAGAAAAGAAAUCCUCCUCCCCCCUCGCCGACCCCUCGUCCCUCUCCAAAAUCAGCCUCAUCACCCCCAACAUCGGCAUGGUCUACUCGGGCAUGGGCCCCGACUACCGAGUCCUCGUCGACCGCGCCCGCAAAGUCUCCCACACGGGCUACAAGCGCAUCUACAAUGAAUACCCCCCCACCCGCAUCCUAGUCCAAGACGUCGCCCGCGUCAUGCAAGAAGCCACACAAUCCGGUGGUGUCCGUCCCUACGGUGUCUCUCUCCUCAUUGCCGGUUGGGAUGAGGGUAUCCUCCCAGAGGAGGAGAUUGAGGCGAAGGAGGGCGAGGAGGGCAAGAAGCUGAGCGGGAAGACGGGUGGUAUCUUGAAGGGCGGGCCAAUGUUGUAUCAGGUCGAUCCCUCGGGGAGUUACUUUCCCUGGAAGGCGACGGCGAUUGGGAAGAGUGCGACGACGGCGAAGACAUUUUUGGAGAAGAGGUACACGGAGGGGUUGGAGCUGGAGGAUGCGGUGCAUAUUGCGCUUUUGACGUUGAAGGAGACGAUUGAGGGGGAGAUGAAUGGGGAGACUAUUGAGAUUGGUAUCGUCGGACCCCCAGCAGACCACCUCCUCGGCGUCGAGGGCGUCGAAGGGGCGGUGGGACCCCGCUUCCGGAAGCUCACCCCCCAGGAGAUUGAGGAUUAUCUCACGAAUCUAUGAUUUGGGGGAUAGUUUUGUGUGUUGUUUUUUCUCUCUUGACGAUGAAUGAUAUGGGAGCGCGUUCUUCUCGAGGUGUUCUCUGCGGGGCAUGUUUGUACACUAGACAGGACAAGGAAGAAAAGAAGGAACAAUACAAGCCAUAGAACAG